UGGCGCCCAUGCAAGUCGAAUCAGAGAUGCAGUAGCCACUUCAGCCCGAGCAGCCGGUAUGCGACCCUCGGAGGCUAAUCAACAUGCGGACAAAAUUGUACGAACUGUGAACAAUGGGGGCGCUGCAAAGCAUGCUGAUGACUUCAUCAUAGGAGAUCGGGUUAUUGUCGGGGGCAACAAACAUGGCCAUGUCCAAUUCCUGGGUGAGACACAGUUUGCCAGUGGAGAGUGGGCUGGUGUUGUCUUGGAUGACGCCAUAGGAAAGAACGAUGGCUCAGUCAAUGGCAUCAGAUACUUUCAGUGUGAACCUAAGAAAGGAGUGUUUGCAAGACCGGACAAACUGGUGCGAGAGUCAGCUGGUCAUGUGGACAGUAAGUCAGCUGUGGGGGGUAUUGCAAGGCAUGUGCCAUCCACGCCACGGAUGGGAACAAGAGUGUCAUCACCUAGGAGUUCCAUGUCAAAGCCACCAGGUUCCAAACCAGGUCUUAUGAUAGAUGACAAACAGGAUCCUGCAGGUCUCAAGGUUGGAGACAGAGUUCUUGUGAGUGGAAGCAAGUUGGGCACCCUGAGGUUCACCGGUACUACAGAGUUUGCUAAAGGAGAAUGGGCUGGAGUAGAGCUGGAUGAGGAACAGGGUAAAAAUGAUGGUGCCGUGGCAGGAACAAGGUACUUCCACUGCAAACCCAAGCAUGGUCUCUUUGCCCCUGUGCAUAAGGUAUCAAAGGUCAGGGGUAAGAAUGCAUCCAGACUCUCCUCUAGUGAUGGUCUCCAACAGGGGAAACUCAGCACAAGUUCCAGCUCAAUCAGCUCCAUGGGAUCCUCCAAUGCCUCCAGCAUCUCUAGGGGGAUGGCCCUGAGCUCUGGUGACCUGGGCUCAUCACCAAGGGGGUCAGUAGACUCCAAGAAGACUCAGCUCCGACGACCAAGUGAAAGUCGUAUACCCUCUUCCUCGAAAUCGAGGAAAGAGCAAAACGCCAGCAGCACGGCCCAGCCUUCCACAAAUGGCACCCGCCGGCAAUCUGACUCGGGGUCCGAUUCUUCCUCGACCGGUGUGGUUGAACCCAUCGCCAAAGUUGAGAUUUCAGAGUCUUAUUCCUCCUUACCCGAAUCUGAAUCACAGUUGAUAGAGCAUGAGUUAGCCAUCCUGAGGGCUCAGCAUCAACAGUAUGUUCGUGAGAGUGAGGAGUCAGUGGAGAGUUUGAAGGAGCUGGUGGAAUCUGGAGACAGGGAGAAGGUGGAGCUUAUGCAAAGACUGGAGGAGACACAAAGGCAAGUUGAUGAUCUUCAAUUCAGGAUAGCAGAAGCUACAAUAACAUCAUCAGAUCUUCAGGAGGAACAUGAGUCAGAAUCCCAGAAGUUAAAGGAGCUUUCUUCCAAACUAGCAGCUGAGUGUAAGAAAACAAGCUCUUUUGAAGCAGACAUCUUAGAUUUCAAGAGUCAGAAUGAAGAGAAGGAGUUCAAGAUCGCCGAGCUGGAGAUGGAGGCCUCCACCUAUACGGAACAGAUGGAGGAGCUCCAGAAACAGCUUGAGGAGACCAGGAUCCAAAUGGGAGAGCUGGAGACAAGGACCAAGGAAGGGGAAAGGACUGGAGAGGAGGCAGAGCAGUUCAGGCGGAGGGUGGCAGAGCUCGAUGUGGAGCUGGAAUCAGUCAGAGGGAGCAAGGAGGAGCUGGAAAAGAAAGUCAAAGUCUUGGAUGGUAAUUUGAAGACCGAGAUUGAUCUGAGGCAAGAAAGGGACCAUGAAAUAGCAGAACUAAGCAAGAAAUUAUCAGAAGAAGAGUCUGCUCGAACCAAGCUUGCUUUCGAUGUUCAGGGAUUAAAGAAUGCCUUAUCUGACUUUGAAAGAAAGUGUCAAGCAAGCGAGGAGCGAUGUAAUCAACUGGUGGAGGAUAAGAAGAAACUUGAAAAUGAUAUUGCAGAAUUAAUGAGAAAUUCCGGCAACAGUUCAGAGCAGCUAGUUUUGCUGAAUGAACAAAUACGAACAAAAGAUAGGAAAAUAGAGGAACUCCAAUCAAGUCUUUCCAGUGCCAACCAAAACGUGUCUCGGCUCGAUGCCCUCCUCAGCCAAACCAGGCAAGAGGCUGAUGAGGAGGCUAGGCGGCAGGCUCAACAACACCAACAAGAACUACAGAAAUACAGACAGCAGAUGAACAGCCUGCAAGCUGAGCUGGAAUCGAGCCAGUCCGAGACAAGAAGCAUCCGUGAUGAGCUGCAAGGAGAGAUGGAGGCAACCAAGGUUAGACUUGAGUCUGAGCUUGAGACUAUUAGAAAGGAGAAGGUUGACCUUGAGAGUGAGAAGGUCAAGCUUGAUGCUUCUGCUCAGGAGAUGGAAGCUCGUCUCAAUGAUACAGAAGAGAAGUUGCAGACUUAUGAGGUGGGUAAUGCCAACCUUGAAGACAACCUGAAGAAGACAACGGAAGAGAGAGAUCGUCUACGGGAGGAGCGGGACCAGGCCCUUGCAGAUAAACAGCAGCUAAUCUCAGACAAGGCUGAACUUGGACUAAGACAGGAUGAGGCAGACCUGAAGCAGAGGCAGGUCCAGGACCAGUUAGAUAGAGAGUCUCAGGCUAAGAUCGAAGCCAUCAAGACAGCAGAAGAAGCGAAAGCCAACGUAGAGCGAGUUACCUUAGAGAGGGACAGUGCCCUCAGGGAACGGACAGAAGCCUUAGCCCAAGCCCAGGAGCGCCAGAUGAAGCUAGAGACCAAAGCCCAGGAAGCUGAGACCCUCCGCAAGGAGCGCUCCGAUGCCCAGACUCAGGUGCAGGAGCAGCUUACCAAGCUGGAGACCAUGCAGAAGGAGCUGGAAGAGCUCCAGAAGGAGCGGACGGCCUCAGGGAGUCGGGUGCAGACACUGGAGGGUGAUCUGGAUCAGCUGCGCAGGGAGCGGACAGAGCUGGUGGCCCAGGCCCAGGAGUGCACCAUCAAGGUGGAGACCAGGGAGAAGGAGCUAGAGGGAUUGAAGAAGGAGCUUGAGAGGCAGAGAGAAAAAGAAGAGCUGCUGGCCAAAUCAUCCAAGGAAGGGGAACAGAAUAUGACACAACUGCAAACACAAUUAAUUGAGAGAGGUCAGGAUCUAGAAGCCUCCAAGAGUUUAGUAUCUGAGCUAGAAAACAAGUCUUCCACAUUGCAAGCCCAGCUUGACGAACUCAAACAGCAGUCUGAUCAGAAGCUACAACAGGUUGAAAAAAGUUUGUCUGAAGCAAGGGCUUCACUGGAAACCAUCUCAAAGGAGAAGGAAGCCCUAUCAGGGGAUCAGUUAUCACUUGGGAGUCAUCUCCAACAGAGGGACCAGGAAUGCUCCAGGUUAAGAAAUGAAAUCAAGACUCUGAAUGAGAAAAUUGACACUUACCAAUACCAAAUAACAACUAUUAAAUCGUCCAUGUCAGAUGAGAAAACCUUGUUUGAGAAUGAAAGAACUAGACUGAGUGAACAGGUUACUGAGAAGGAAACAGAAAGUGUGCAUCUCCAAGAAGAAGUGUCCAGUCUGAAGGAGCAGGUGUCCACCUACGAGGCCAGGCUAGGUGAACUGGACUCACUAAGGAAGGAGAAGGCUGAGGUUGAGGAAGAGAGGACAAGGUUUGCAGAUCGGUUCCAGGAGAAGGAGAAAGAUACAGAGCGGCUCCUGGGGGAGGUAGGGAGCUUGAAGCAGCAGGUGGAGAGCUAUCAGACUCAGCUUAAUCUAGCCAAGCAAGCAUCCUCAGAAGGAGAGAGCAAUGUAGGAACUGUACAAGCUGAACUGGCUGAAGCAAGGCAUAACCUCAAGAUGGAACAGGAAAAGGUGAACAAGCUAGAGACAGAUAUGAGCAACACACAGCAAGAUAUCAAUGCAUUGCAGAUGGCUAGCAAAGAGAAAGAAAUGAUGGAGCAGAGGAAUUUAGACCUUACAAAUGAACUCCAGACAGUGAAGGCUGAUUUUGAAUCAAGGAUAGUAGACAUCGAGUCGGAGAAGGAAUCACUCCAGACCACCUUGGAUAUCACCAACUCAAUAGUGGCUCAGAACAAAAAUGAACUAGACAAGUGCAAACAGGAGAUUGCCCAAAACCAGGGUGAAAGUGCCUUGGCUAAAAGCUAUAAAUCUACCAUCGGUGAGCUUGAGAAAGAUAAAGCUAGUCUUCAACAACAAGUGAGCGAUCUUCAGUCUGCCUUGGUUUCUUCACAGAGCACACUGUCCACACACAUUGAUGUUGAUAUGGAUGGAGAUCCAGCUGUAGCCAAGCUUCAAGAAGACAAAGAGAUGGCAGAAGGACAGGUGACAUUCCUAAACUCCGUUAUUGUGGACCUCCAGCGCAAGAACGAUGAACUACGUGCCAAACUCGAAGCCAUGGAGACGAGCUAUAUGAAUGGAGAUCAUGAAGAUAUAGGAUUUGAUGUAGACAUGGACUCCAGCACCCACGGCCCGCCUCCUCGACUCUUCUGUGAUAUCUGCGAUGUCUUUGACUUGCACGAGACUGAAGACUGCCCUCUUCAGGCUAGUUCAGACAGUCCGCCAGCUAGCCAGUAUCAUGGCAGUCGCAGUGAAGUGAGGCCGUACUGCGACAUUUGCGAAGUUUUCGGCCAUUGGACAGAGAACUGCGAUGAUGAGCAGACAUACUAAGGCUCUCAGUGGAUUAUCUGGAUGGCAAAGAACUCAUCCUAACACUCAAUCAGUACUUUCCUUAUCCUGUCUGCCGGAACAUGGAGAACAGCAGUGAAUUCCCGUCUUGGAGAUGGCACUAUGGCAGGCAUCCUCAGGCAGUGGGUCUGAGAUGCUUCUCACAUCAUCAUCAUCAUAAGACAAAUUCAGGUGGAGUUUGCUGUCUAAUACCAAGAGAUGGUGUUCAGCGAUGGAUGCAUGAAGUUGAUUCCUCUCAAUAAAAAUUGAUGUGACAGGUUGUGAGAAAAGACAAACCAACAUCGCCUUGCUCAGGUCUUAGCCAUGAAUUUUUGGUGGAUCUUUGUGGCAGUGUGUGGUGUCAGCUACCCUUUUGAACAUAUUUGCUAUGGAGAACUUAAAAAGGGCAAUUGCAAAGGAUAAUUUCUUAGACAGUAAGGGAGUGUGUCCAUUAGAGGUUUGAAUAUGCAGAAAGGUAUCGUAGAAAGCAUUGGGUAUUGGUCAUCACAUUGUAAUGCCUGGGAGUUAGUGGCUCUGAAUAUGCUUAAAUGUAUUUAGAUCUUACUAAAUGGAGGUGUUCUGAAGUAAAGAAAAAAUUCAAUUUUUUUUUAAAUAUAACAAAGGAAACCUGCUGUUGGUAUAAUACAAUGACUUAAGCUGUCAUUGGCUUCUCCUAUUCCUAUUGCAUAGAGAAUACUGGACAUACACAGGCACAUUUUUGCACUGGUUUCCUUGUAUUUUCUUAGAGAAAAAUGAGCCACAUUUCCUUAGUGCGAGCUAUCUGCAGUCAUGUGCAUGUGAAAGAGAUGAGCUCGUGGUGAAAAGAAUAUGGUUUGUUAGAAAAUUAGCAGUGUCCAGUUGAUAUUGAAUUGUCCUUGAAAAUGGAGGAAGUUAAUAGGGAGGAUGCAUCAAAGUUCUAGGACUGACAUUGAAGUCUAGGUCCUGAAAUGAGUAAAUGAUUUGCCAAAGUAGACCUGGGUCCAUCGUUGAACCUCUAAAAGAACUACUGUGAAUUAAUAAACUAAACAGCCCCAUCUUUAACUUGAUACAUUAUUGGAAAACUUUAUAGGAAGAGCGAUGUCAUUUUCUAAAAGAAACAAGGGAGCUUUCAAAUAAAUUUUGGAAGGAAAAGUGUGGAAAGGGAUCCAGGAUAAAAAAAAAAUCAGAUAAAUUUUUUUUUUAUUCUCUGACUAUUAGGCUACUACAUAUGGACCCAUCUGAUGAGGGUCAUUUUAUUCCAAAUCUGAUAUAGUUUUAACCAUUGACCUGCAAGCCGAAAAUGCUUGGUUUGACUUGCAUUGGGGAUGCUGCCAUGAAGUCUAAUAGGAAAAUACCAUGACCGGUUGACUUUCAAUUCCCAAAUCAUGUCUAAUAUCACCAUAUCUGUUACAGGAUAUUGCUCCUUUGAAAGCUUUUCAAACAGAUACAUGGCCAUGCAAAUGCUGUAAAUCAUCCUUAUCUCAUUAUUUCGAAUAUUUAUCGAAAAUUUAGAAUGUUAUUGUGACUAGAAUGCUUCAUACUAUUUUACCAAAAAUCUUGUUUGGCCUUUUAUGUACAAUGAAACUUGCAUACUGAGAAUAUUGAGAUUAUGAAGCACUUUUGUUGCUCAACCGUCCUCUUUUGUAUAUAGAAAGCAUGAUGCUGUAAGUUAGGCUCUCAAUCAGUAUUAGAAGCUACUGUUGGUGGCAUUAUGUGGUAUUGAGGAAAAACCACAAGACUUAUAUGCACCUAUUUGCAAUAAUUAUCUCCACAUAGUCCAAGAGACUGUGUUGAUAUUGUAUGUUUAUAACUUUAUUUAUGAACCUUUUUUUUGUAUUUUAAUCCAAGACCUUGAAAAUAAAAAUGCUUGCUUACAGAAGAAAGCUUUCUACUUGGAGAAUACCUCUAGAAAUUACAAGUAGGUGUGUGCCCUCAUACCCAUACUUGUUAAACCGGUCUAUAAAUAUCUUUGGGAUUUCAAAUUGGUCUGUUAACUGCGUUAUUUCAUGGGGAAAUAUUGAUUGCUGUGAAGUUAUAUUCCAGAAAUAGCAAUUGGUUUUACCUGUAUGGCUCUGUGCGAUAUGCAUUUAAUAAUACAUGUUUCAAUUUUUAUAAUGCAUUCUAUUUUGGAAAUACUUGCCAUUGGGAUAUUUUAUGAUCUCUAGAGUUUUGAGUAAGAAAUUAUUUAAAGCUUCCCUCUAAUGGAUAGAAACUGUUGUGUUGAUCAAGAAAAAUCCCCAAACGCUUCAUAAAAAGAAAUAGUGUGUCAGUACUUAAGCUAGUAUUGCCUUAUCCAGUACUCAAAGACUCCCUUUUGAAAGCUAACAAUGCUCUCUUUAUAAAUUUGGCAUUGUUAUGUGAAUGUGCUUGAAUCCCCUCAAAAAUAUUAUUUAUUUGGAGAUUUUUUGUUUGUUAAUUCUAUGAGCUUUGCAUAUCAUGUGAUUGAUCAUGUGUUUCAUCAUGUUUCUCAUCAUUGUUUGUUUCCAUGCUUGCUGUGUUUUCAUCAUUAUUCAUGCUUGAAUUUUGUUUGUACUUGUAUGUAGUAUUGUAUGCACCUCUAUCCAAAUUACUGUCUGUGAAAAUAUUUUCUUAUUGAAAUUAUCCAAAGUUACAUCGAAUGAGUGUAUUGUCUAUUCUUUGUUUUUAGUUCAAAUCUUGAAAUUGAAAUGAAAUAUUAUUAUUAAAGAGAUAUAAUUCUAAAUAUACAUUUGUAUCAAGUUGUAAAUAUAGUGUUUACAAAAAUUGUAAAUUAUUUAUAGCACAGAUUAUGUAGAUGCAAAAUUUGUGUAUGUGAAUGGGAUAUUUUUUUGAAUAUGGGUUUUGUUUCUCUUUUUUAUGCUAAGCAGUCUCUGAAGUUAUAACUGUGUAGUAUGAUAACUAAAGCAAUCAAGUUGUUUUGACCACAAUUUGAUGUUGUUUAUCUUCUUGUCUCUGUGUACAUCGUUGUAGAGGUAUGGUAUAUUGUAGAAGGGGGAAAAAGUCUCAACUAUGGAAAGCUACGAGUGUCAUAAUACUUCAUCUGGGAGAUACAGUUGCUGUCUAAUUUGUUAACUAAAACUACAACAUUAAAAACGAGAGGUUUCAUUGGUCAGGACAUAAAAAUUCUUCACUGUUUUGUUUUGAGUUACAAUUCAGAAAUGCAAGUGUUUGAGUCAGAAACUAUCACAAUGAAAUACUAAGAGGUUUCCGAUUUUAGAGUACCGGUAUAUUUUGAGUAUUAAAUGUAGAUGCAUUUUAAAUAAUUGUGUCACUGGCUUUCCAUAGUUAAGUGUCAUGGGAUCAAUCACAAGUUUUUGUGAUACAGGUCCCACUAAGUUCCAAUGCCUUGUACAAGCACUGUCUGUAUCAUUGGUAGGGUACAAAAACAAAGCCCUUGGCCCCAUCUUACAAAGAGUUACGAUUAAGCCAAUCAAUCAUAACUCUAUGAAAUCCAUCAGUGUUAGAAUUUUUUCGACAGGAAAUUUGCAAAAUGUCCUUUUAAACAAAGGAGAACACACCAAAUUGUCAAGAAAUCAAUGAAUUUAUGGAUAUACAUUCAUAACUAGAAAUUUUUUGAACAAACAUGCAUUUCAUAUGUUGACUUUGCUGGCUUUCCAUAGUUGCGAUUGAUUGGAUCAAUCACAACUCUUUGUAAGACGGGCCCCAGAAAAAAGUGUGUUUAAAUAUCACUAACAUUGGCUUACAAAAAUAAAGAACCAAGUUUAUUUAUAUUGUUCUUUCCUUCAUAAACUGGAGUGUUAUGCUACAACAUAUUUCUUCAUUUUGUAAGCUCAAUAUUCAGUCAUAGAUAAUUUGAAAAUGGUGUUAUAAAAAAAUGUUCCUAACCUCUAAUACUCCCUUAUCCAAUUGAACAUACUUUCUAGUAUAUCAUGAUGAAAUCAAAAUCUUUAAAAAGUUACUAAAUCAUUUUACUAAUCAGCUUCUUUAUGGGUUUGUUGUAUUCUUUUAUAGGAAUGUUUAAUUCUUAUUGGGAUUUGAGAAGUCAGUCACACAUAACACUUUUCGAAAUUACUCCCAAUGUCCAAGAACUUGUUUAAUGAAUGGUCAACAAAAAUUGACGACGAGCACAUAUGCACUCCUGCCAAUUUACAUUAAUCAUUUAUUACUCUGGCUUUUUUAUUGUCAGAAUAGUUCAUUAUUCCAUACUUGAUUAGUUUGUUUUCAAUGGGUUCAAGAGAGAAAAUUCUAUUGUUUCAUAAUGCCUAGCUUACUUUGUUUUUGUCAUAGUUUUUCUAGGACAUUUCUUUGUCUGAUAUAUCUCAUGGAAUUAAAAAAGUGUGCCUAUACUUUAUAUGAUAUACCAAAACUAACUCAUUAUUAUAUGCUUUGAAACCUGCUAUUUAUUAUUUUCAUGCUCAAUUUUUCUUGAAUUGCUUUGAACAAGGUUAUUGUUAAUUGAGUUUUCAUUUAUUCAAACAAUUUAUAAGUGCUUUUCACAACAUAAAGGAAAGGCCAAGUUUCAGAUAAGAUCAUUAUUUGCAGUUUUGUAAUUCUAAUUUUUUUCUCUUCAUGAUGUAAAUGUAUGAUUGAAGAAUAUCAAGUUAAAGAAAAGAACACAGUUUUCAUCAUUUUAUAAAUUACAAAAGCAAAGUUUCUUGUUAUAUAACAAAUCAACAAGAAUCGCAAGUUUUUGUUUAUUAAUUUUGUUUCUCCAUGGAUUUUCCUUUCCGUGAUAUGACGUGUGAUUUUCCAUUUCACAGUACACUAUCAGGUACAAUGGUUUCAAAAGAGCUGUAUUUUCAAGUUUCUUGUCAUCUUUAACUGAUUCUUCCACUUUAAGAUAUGACAUUUUUUGUUAUUCAUUUGUUUCAUUUGAUUUUUUAAAACAGUUUUUUGAAGUGUUUGUAUCAGAACAUGUACCUAGAUGGAAUCUCAUAACUUGCCAAACAUUAUUAAGAUGCCUUUGAAGUUUUCAACACUCUUUUUUCACUGUGUGUAAGUAUGAUAAAUACAAUGCAGGCAUUCCAGCCUAUAUAAUGCUAGUAUUUACAUACAUGUUUGGUGUCUUAAUAAAAAAUAUGUUGUCAGAAACUAGAAUACUUCACACCCCCCCCCCCUCCUCAAUCCUGUCUAUUUUGUAGCUGCAGAAACAUUUUAAAACAAGAAUUCUCCUUCUGCCUGGUCAACCUGGUUAAUCACCGCAGGCAUCAUUACACAUUUAAGGAACCAACUGGUAUUUGGAGGGCAAAUAAAGCAGUUUGAUAUUAAGAGCAAAAUACAGUUGACUCCCCUGUUGAUUGCAGGGCAGAUAGAUGCUAUCUAAUUCUAAACGUAGCCUUGAAAGUGUACGUUGAACAAUGCAAACUGAAAAAGGGUAUUGUGAAACUAAUUCAUUUGUAUUUUCACUUAAUAAUAUACUUGUAUAAUACAUAAAUUUCACCUAUUAUUUUCCUGAAAAUUUAACCAUCUUUGUAUUGAAAACAAUCUGAUGCUGCACAUAUGUGAUAUUCUAGGAAAGCAACACAGAUUCCCUUGUAAUAACUUCUUCAUAUAAUUUGCAUUGGUGCACAGGAUUGAUAUUUCUGUGGGAGUUUAAAGAGAAAAUUCAUUUAUCCCAUUGUAUUUAUGUUGAAGAGACUUAUCCUUGAUAUUUAAUUUAUUUAAAAUAGUUUUAUGUAAAUUACUUGUUAGCUGCUACAUGUAGAUGCCAUAGUAGGUUAAUGCAAAUGUGUUUAUUUAAGAUAACAGAAUUGGCAAAUUUCUUGUAUAUUGUUCUUAUAAGUGAAACAAUUAUUGUACCAUUUUUUCAAAUGCAUCGACUUAUGGAGAAAGUAUAUAUGGGACUUUUACAUCUAUUGCAAAGUGUUCUUUGAGAUUUUAAUGGAAAUAAAAUACAUGAAUCUUG